UGCUGGUCAUUAGUUUCUUCCGAGUAAGAAAGUGUACUACAAGUGUACUCAGUUGACGCUUCGCUGUAUUUGAAUAAAGAUGCUGUUUCGCGUGUUUUCGAUAGUGUUGUGUUGGAACGCUGUUUUCACGUUUGCGAUCGUGGCUGGAAGUAAUGAUACUAACAGCAGUACGGCGAGUCCACCAAUCGACACGAGUUCUACCGGGUAUGGGUUUGAGAUGAUCAUGGCUAAGCUGGACUAUCUGCAGUACAAGCUGCUCGAGAUGGACUUUGUGAUGAAGGAGCACAGUGAAGGGAUCGAGCAAAACCAAGGCCACCUUGAGAAGGUGUUCGGUAGCAUGCUGUGGGCGAUCAGCCGCUUGGAUCAAGCGGUCGGCAACAAUCUAACAGCGCUGCAGGCACAAUCGUGGAAGAUUCUAUCCCGCCAAACCGUGUGUGCGAAUCAUGAGCUGAUGCGCAAUGAAAUCUUCAGCCUUGCACCGAAACAGGGUCUAUCCGCUAGUGCACGCUCACUGUUCGAUCUGCAGGGUAUGCGCCACAAAGGUCCGUUCGAAUCAUGCAAAGAUGAACCAACCAAGAUGUCCGGCAAGUAUCUGAUCCGACCGUCCAGCGAUGUGGAACCCUUCCCGGCGUACUGCGAGCAGACAAAGUUCGGUGGCGGAUGGUUGGUAAUACAGCAUCGCUUCAAAGGGUCGCUUGAUUUCUACCGCAACUGGACGGAUUACCGGGACGGGUUCGGUACCAUCGAUCAGGAGUUUUGGAUCGGGCUGGAGCGUUUGCAUCAGCUGACGGCAGCCAAACCGUACCAGCUAAUGAUCGAGGUGGAAGACUUUGCCGGCGAUUAUCGGUACGCGCGGUACAAGGAGUUUGAGAUUGGUACCGAGGCGGAACAGUACAGCUUGAAGAAGCUGGGCGUGUACAGUGGAACGGCUGGCGAUUCGCUAGCAUAUCACAAGGGCUUCAAGUUCACGACCAUGGAUCGUGAUAAUGAUGCGGCAACGACCAACUGUGCCGUUACUUGUGAGGGUGGUUGGUGGUUUAACAAUUGUCACCAUUCGAAUCUGAACGGACGUUUCAUGAACGCGGUGGACGUGAAAUCGAUUUCGUGGUAUCAUUUCAAAAGCUCCCACACGGGUAUGGCUUACUCGAGAAUGAUGAUCCGUGAGGCGUAGGAUUUGUGUCAGUGGAAUAAAAUUCAAACGAAAAAAAUAGGA